AUGACACAGUGGAUCGCCGACUGCCUUGGCAUCGCCAUCGCCACGCCCAUCGCCGUAGGCUGGCUGAAUCCGAUGCUGGAGAAAAAGCUCGGUCGCUUCUUCAGCCAUGACGGAAAGUUCGUUUUCGGCAUGGCAGUCGGGGGUGCCUCAGUGGUCGUCGCGGCUGUCCUCGAAUCCGUGCGCAAGACAGCUCCUGUUUCCGAGAGGCUCUCCAACUGUGCCCCAGAGGGCAUUCAUAUGUCUAGCGUCUCCGCGGUGUGGAUGUUCCUGCCUUUCCUGAUGAUGGGCAUCGGG